GCACGCUAUCGGCGCACGCGCAAGAGGAAAGUGGUAGAAUACGCAUGCGCUGAGAAGCGGGCAACAGGAGGGUGCCCAGCGGCAUUGCGCAUGCGCCAGAAUCUAAGCGGACGGUUGGGAGCUCGAGUCCUUGCCCAGUGCGCUUUCCGCCCGUGCACCGUCGUGGCAGCGGCCGAGCCAGCGCGGCAGGGCUGCUCAGGGAGCCGCUCCCCGAUGGACGGAGACUUCCUGCUGGCGCUGCGCUUACAGGCGCAGUGGGAGGAAGAGGAGGAAGCGGCAGCAGCGGCCUGUAGCGAGUCCCCGGCCGGCUCCUCAGCGCCGCCGCGGCCGCUCUCCGUGGUGGACGAGGCCUGGGAGCUGCUGGACCCGAGCCCCGACGUACGCGGCCUCUUCGUGCAGUUCAACGAGACGCUGUUCUGGGGGAAGCUGGCGGCCGUGGCGGUGACGUGGAGCCCGCGCAUGACGCUAUGUGCUGGAGUGUGCAGCUAUGAAGGAAGAGGUGGGAUGUGUUCCAUCCGCCUUAGUGAGCCACUCUUAAAGCUAAGACCAAGAAAGGAUCUUGUAGAGACACUCUUACAUGAAAUGAUUCAUGCCCUGUUAUUUGUCACUAACAAUGACAAAGACCGUGAAUCCCAUGGGCCAGAGUUUCGCAAACACAUGCGUCGUAUCAAUCGCCUGACUGGAGCCAAUGUUACAAUUUAUCACAAUUUUCAUGAUGAGGUGGAUUUAUAUCACCAACACUGGUGGCGAUGUAAUGGCCCAUGUCAGAGUAGAAAACCUUAUUAUGGAUAUGUGAAACGUGCAAUGAAUAGGGCACCUUCUGCUCGAGACUUCUGGUGGUCUGACCACCAACAGACCUGUGGAGGCACAUUCUCAAAAGUAAAGGAGCCAGAGAACUAUUCUAAAAAAGGCAAGGAGAAAACCCAGCUAGCCAAGCUUUCAAACUCUGAGUCAUCUGAUACUAAAGGAAGGAUACAUGGAGGUGAUAUACGAAGCCUAAUUCCUUUUAGUGGAAAAGGAUAUCAGCUUGGAGGAACAGGCCUUUGGUCCUCCGAGAGACACACAAGUUCUAACAACAGUAUUAAGGGCAGAGAAAUACCCAGUCCACAAAGUUAUUCAGCAGCUGGAACUGCAAGAACAGUUCCUAAAAAUGAACUAAAAUUUGAAUCAAACAUAUUUAGUACCAGCAUUUCCCAUCCAGUUUUUACUGAUAGCGCCAAACAUAAGAACAGCUUUGCUUUGAACCAUGAGUUUCCUAAAAUAUCUGUCGCUAAUACAAAAGCUUACAGGAAUGUUGAUGGGUCGCCUGUUAAAAUUCCUCCAGUUAAUGGAGGAAAUCUGAACCAAAGUCCUACAAACGCUAAGUCGGUUUUUCCAUCUUUUAAUGAGACACCAAAACAAACUUCCUUUGGACAAGCUGAGACAACUCUAAGAUCCUGGGUUUCAUCCCAGGGAAAUAGCAGCUUUGAAAAUGGUGGUAUACCACAGAAACGGCCGAAAAUGGAAGACAAAUCUGCCUUUGUAAACUACUUUAUAAAGAGAGAGAGUACUGAUGGCACUUUUAGAACUAGCACUCCUCUAAAAAACAAUGCUGAACCAACAGUGCCCUCUGAAAGUUGUAGUUCUGCUGUUAGUCAGGAUAAAAAGGUUAGUUGUCCUGUUUGCCAUACUGAGGUUUUGGAAACGAAAAUAAAUGAACAUCUAGACUCUUGUCUGACAUAAGCUUUGAAAUGCAAUCUCACAAUUAAGUGCUAAGAAUUGUUUGAAAUCUUCAAAUUACAUUGCUCAGGGUUUAUCGAAUUAUGAUUGUUGUCAUGUGCCUGUACACUGGCCUGUAGUGUCCAAGCUGGAAACUUUCCUAUAUGUGUAAAGUGGAGUCUGAAUUUCAGUAUGAAGGAAGGGCAAUUUUUGGAGUUGCAUGUUAGGAUCUGAUUUAUAUACUCUCAUGGUGCUUGUAUCCCAAAGAGCCUAAGGCUAUAUGUGCACUACCAAGCCUACAUCAGCAAAUAUAUAUGCCAGCACAGGUGAGAAAAGGAGGAAUUCUGUUGGUGUGGGAACAGCGCCUCCCUGAAUGAUUUUAGCUAUGCCAACAGAAGCCCUCUUCUGUCCGUAUAGCUGUGGUCUAUGUGGGUGGUGUAGUUGGAAUAAGUGUGUUGCUAUGAGAUAUGGUUUUUCUACACCCGGACCAACAUAGCUAUAUCGGUAUAAAUUUUGAAGUAUAGACGAGGCCAAAUACACUCCUGAUUUUAGUAAAUGCAGUUGUGGUUGGGUUACAUUACAUUUUUACUGCAGAACCUAAGUAUGUCUCCUUCCAUGGUAAUACUUACUAGAUUCUGAAAUCUUAGAUGAGUUCUAAAAGGAACUUAACAUUUUUAACCAUGUUUUGUCUUCUCCUUGGUCCCCAAAAUGUUCUUUAACUUAUCCCUGGCCACCUUUAAAUAUAACUUCUAAACUGUCCCCUUCCACAUACACAGAUACCAACUUAUCAGUUUACCACAAUGAAAAUGUGUUAAGUAGUGGCCAUUUUUUAUUAUUAUAACACCAAAUAUUGUGUUUAGGCCACAGCUACUGACUCUCCAGAGAUCAGUUUCACCCAAAACUUUUUAAAGGGCAGGUAGAAAUGAGGGUGGAAUUAGAUUCAAAUUAUGGCUAUGUUCACAUUGGCAGCGAGGGGUGUGAUUCCCCUGCUCAUGUACACAUACUCACUCUAGCUCUCUUCAAUACAUACCCCCUAGUUUCAGGUGGGUAGGUACUCAGCUCAGCCAUAUCUCUGCUGCUGCUACCUGUGUUACUGCAGCUACAUUGCUUUUUAUAUUUGCACUAGCUGGAUGAGUGCAAGUAUGUGUACACAAUCGGGAAUUGCACCUCUCGCUGGCAGCGUAGACAUAGUUUAAGUCUUCAGCAAAAAUGGGGAGCAGCUUAGAAGUUAAAAAAUAAAAUAAAAUACAAGUCUUAGUAGAAUCUUGAGUAAGUAAAAGCAUGGGUAGAAAAUUAGUGAUAUGGGAGGGAUUCUAGAUACUUAAUACUGCUUGGUGCAUUUGAUGAAGCAUUAGGCUGUAGACUUAAGGACCUAUUAGAGAUACAUAUUGGGUUUUGAAGCAUUGGUUGUUAAGAGGGACAAGAAUAGGAGCUGAGGAAUUUAAACAUCCUUAUAGCAUUAAAGCAUAAGAUCAUUAAUUUUUGUUUGGCCACUUUGGCUUGUUUUUAAUGUGCAUGGUUGGCAUGCAAGCAGUAACAGCUAGUUCAUGGUCCAACAAUCUCCACUUUUUUUUCCUUCUCUCCCUCGCACUGGCUUUGCUGCAUAUAUUGACACUUCAGUGGCUUUAACUUCAAGAAUGUGUAGAAUGCGUUUCUAUAUAUUUGAACUCUAAAGGCUAAAACCACCGAUAGUAAAAAUAGGGGUGAGCACAAGUAGCAAAACUGGAAGACAUUGUCAUAUCACUAGUCCUGUUGCAGAAUUCUAACUGAAGGCCUGAAUUUAAAUGAAGAUUUCCAAUUGAAUUCACAUUCCAGAAAGGCAUCAGAUUGCAAAUCAGUGCCAGAGCUUUGCUUUGCUUUCUUACCAGCCUAAUGAAUAGUUCCGUCAGUAUAUGCUAACAGCAUUCUAUUACAUGUUAUGAAUACCAAGUAAGAUGUAUAAAGCCUACUGAAAUGUCUACAGUUCUAUUGGUGCACUAAAGGUAUUUAACUGACUGGUUUGUAGGUGACUUGAGCAAUACUUCCACAGUUUAAACUAGCCUUCCAGACAAACAUAUUGUACACUAGGUUGAUUUUUGUACUGCUGGUAGGUAUAUAGGAUGGCUAUGAUGCAGACAAAAGUGUAAGUACAGGUUGUCUUGUCAUAAAUGUAAUGUGGCUUACAGUUGACUUCCUCUGAAAUGAGGAAUAAACAGAUCAGACAGUUAUGGAAUUUGACCACUGCUAACUAAUAUCUGGUUUCAAAGUAUAGGAAAAAAAUCCCUAAGAAUGCAUAGAAUGUACAUGAGUUUUUUUUUGUAGAAACUGCUUUUUAAAAUAUUGAUAUUACUGAAAUGUUUUAAUAACCUUAACAAAAAUGUUAUGCAUAUUCUGAAUAAAUCAUGAUGCUGAACCUUAGGUUGUUAAAUCUGGUUUUCACAUGGCUCUCAAUGACUAUCUUUUGUGCUCUUUAGACGCAUUUGUACAACAGUAGUCACUUUUAACAGUUCACUCCAACAUCGGCACAACCUUCCCUUUUUAACUACCCCACAAACCCAAACCUUGCUGUGGAAUGAUAUUUACUCCUGGGGGGGAAUUCUGUGCCAUUGCACAUGUAUGCAGAGUUCACGUCCCCUGCAGCUUUCUUCACUUCCCUCCAGAAAAAUGGGAAGGGAAGCCAUAAGAGCGCUCAUGCACCCCUCCAUGGGUGCAUCAGUUUGGGCUUCUGGAGUAGCCAGGGGAGAUGUAAAUCACUGCCAGAGAAGUGGUGGUAGAGAAGGAGGAGUGGGACUAUGCAAGCAAGUGACUCUGUCACUCGCUAUCACAAUGGUCCUGGUGUGGAGGGGCCAGGCUUCAAGGUGUUUCUGAGAAUGUAAGUGUGGGCUGGCCUUGUCCCCCUCAAGCAGAGCAGAAUGUUAAUACUGCCUACUUAGUGAAUUGUUCCCAUUGUUAGUGAAUUCCCCCAGGAGUAUAAAAUUGGUGUAAAUGUUUUAAGGCUCCCUUACAGUGCCAGAGUGGUGCAAAUGGCCAAUGUGAAACUGACAAAGCCGGGCAGCUAGAGCCCAGCUCCCUCCCUGGAGAGCUGAGUGGCUGGACCCCAUUCCUGGUUGGGAAUGGGGAGCCAAGAAGUCCAAGGCAGCCCACCAGGAGCCUGGGGGGUAUCCAAGCUCCUGGCAGGAAGCUGCCAGCAGAGCUUUCAACGCUGCUUCUCUUAGGUUGGUGGAAGCACUCCUGCUGAGGAUGUGCACCACUGACCUAAGGAAGGUAUUGUGGACAUGAGCCACUGCAGUAAUUACUGUGGUGGCUUUAAGUUGAUGUAACAGGUCAACUUCUCUUUGUAGUGUAAACAAUCUGAGUGAUGAGAACUGGUCUAAAUUUUUGGACUGAAAUCUUCCUAUUAAAUGUUCUCCAUGAACUGUUUACUACUGACCUUUCUGGAGAUGGUCAGUAAGCAAUAUUAAUUGUGAGUUUGAUUCUGCAGCUCUCACUUGGUCUUCAGUUGUCUGAUUUAAUACUGAGCAUAUGGCUGCACAUAUUUGUUGACUUAUAACUAGAAAUAAAGGGUCAAACCUAGAUAUGUUACUAUUAGACAAAAGGAUUUUGUCUCCAGUGCUCCCCGCUCCCAUUCUCUAGCCAUCUCAGCAGUUCACCUGAAUCCCUGCCUGAGUCAUUUCUUCUUCCAAAACGAUGUCAGUCAUCUGCUGCAGGCACCAUGAAUUCUUGAACAUGGCCCAGAUUCCUCUGAUGCUGCAAUAAAUUAUAGGCAGCCCUUAAUCCUAGCUGCUUUUCUGUCAUUUUCUCAUUGCACUGGCUUCCCAUUUGUUUUGGGUGCAAUUCCAAGUUUUAUAUUUGAUCUACAGUGCAAAGCAUUACAUGGUUUCAGAGUUGGUCUCUUUUUCCCUGUGCACCAUCAGAGGACAGCAGAGAUCAUCUGGAGGCACUUUUGCUGAUAGCUUAACUUUAUUGACCUUUGAGUGGUACAGCCAUCUUCUUGGUCAAGCACAUGCUUGAUUUUGAACUCAUCAAUACAUUAUGAUUGGUAGGGAGUACAGGGAAAGGGGCUGUUAUUCCAAAAGAUGUCAGCUACUGGGUCCCAGUGGGUCAUCUUCAGCUGGGGAAGUGCAUGAGUGUAGCAUGCUCUGACUAGGCUCCUUUCCCCACCCUUUUCUGUUUCAUGUGUAGGGAUUGGCAUUGGACAGGAGUCAGGACUCUUUCAUACCAAGGGAAUCCUCAGCCAGGAAUUGCUAUGUGCUUUCUGGCUUAUUUCCGGUGCCAGAGUGGUACAGUGGGGCUAGAUUACAGCUCAGGAUCUAGUUUACAUAUUAUGCCUUUUUUCUGUAUUGUAGCUUAAAUCAAUUACCAGGAUAACUUAAACUGGUGUGAUUAUAUUUAUUUUGACAAAUAAAACAUGCAGAAUUUUAAAAUACUUUGUACAGAAUUUUUUUAAAUUUUUUUUGGUACAGAAUUCCUCUAGGAGUGUAGAGUUGGUUAAAAAGCACUGACUCCCCUGGUAUCCAUCUUUUAUUUAACAUAGGUGUAUCUCCAUAUAUUUAUAAUUCUAUCUCAGAGCUGGAAGGGACCCUGAACGCUCAUCGAGUCCAGCCCCCUGCCUUCACUAGCAGGACCAAAUACUGAUUUUGCCCUAGAUCACUAAGUGGCCCUUUCAAGGAUUGUACUCACAACCCUGGGUUUGGCAGGCCAAUGUUUAAACCACUGAGCUAGGAUGUUUUGGAUGCUUUGCCAUUAAUAGUAAGUUUAAAAUGAUUACACAACUACUGAUCUUAGGACUUGAUGUGACCUGUUCUUUAUCAUCAGUUUUGUUUAGAUGAACAUACAUGUAUUUUAGUUGUACAAAUGCCUCCACAAAACUUAAUAUAUAGUGAAAGAAAGCAAGUAUCCUAGUCGGUUUAAAAAAAAAAUUUAAUAGUAGUUUCAAAUAUGCAUCUAUACACUUCAAGUCCUGUCCUAACAAUUACACAAUCUUCCCCCUCACAAUUUUUUCUCACCUAAUGCAGCAUGAAAGACCUACAGAAACAGGAGAAAGUGAAACUGCAUUUGACAUUUCUUUUUGGAUAGUGUCAAAGUCAACAAAUUGAACACUUUUUUUUUCUAAACUGUUAAGUAAUUUUAGGUAUUACCUAUACAGUUGUCAGCAACAAAUUUAACAAAUGUUAUUUUAAGUACUACUGAUGUCCACUUUACGGAAUCAAAAACUACCACAUCAGUUAUUUGGGGGAUGUUUAUAGGAUAGUAAGUUUUUCUAAAUUCUAUCUUUUGACAGUGUGAAAGCAUUGUGAGAAAUCUUUUGGGUUGGCCUGUCACACCUUUAAAAAAAAAAAAAUCAAAUCAAAACUGGAUUGCCUAAAGAAUUUGGCAACCAGGGACAGCAUUUUGAAAAAAAAAAAAAAUCUGGCUUUCUGCCCAUGCAAAUCUGUAUGAUUAAAUAUAAUGGUAGCCAGGCAUUUCUUGUGCAAUAGUUAUAUAAGAGUUUCAAAGCUCUUUAAGCAGCAGACUCUAGUUAUUUUAUACUGGAAGGUAUUAGCAUGUUUCUAAGCUUCCAUUUUAGUGUGUUACCAUAGGUGCUUCUUGUAUAAAGGUAAGUUUUGCACUUCUAUCAGUGAUUCAACUUUAUAUAUGGUGACAUGGGUUUUCAGUAACCUCUCACUAUAUUAGAUUGGGUUGCCCCAGGGAGCCAGGGGCUGGAAUUACUUUAAGGGGACUGUGUUUGACUUCUGUUCAGUACCAGACUUAACCAGUGUGGUACUGCAGAAGCUCUUUUGUUACUGGUUUGGUUAAUUUAAGUACAGACUAGACCAUUUUUUGGGGACUGCCUACCCUAUUUCUUGCAGUCUGCCCUGAGUGUGGCAUUAUCAGUAUGGUCUAUCCCAGACACCUGGUCACACCUCCCAAAGUUACAGUAUUUUGAAUACAAAAUGAAAUUUGGCAAAUUACACCAUCAGUUAAAAUAAAUCCUUUUAAAUAAAUUGAGCGCCUUGUAUCAGACACCUUUUUGUCCCAAAUUUUCAGCUCUGGUGUGGUCUGUGCAUGCUGGCGGAGAGGUGUAUUUAAUUGAUAUGAGACAUUUAUGAAUGGAAGAUACCAGACAUACAUGUUGCCUUACCUUGUCAGCUAAAGGUUGCCCUACAAACUUGAGAGGAAAAAGUCUUAUUUGAUGGUGGGUUACUGGAUUAUCUUGCUCAGAUACCAAGAAGACCUAAACAAUUCAUAGUAUUUCUUUUCCUGCCAGGAAGAUAGAUGUGGAUGUAGUAUCACCUGCUUACCCAGUUAUGAAAGGGGUUUGUUCCUUUGAUAGAAAUGCUCCCUGGGCAUAAGUACAUUUUGAUGGACAAGGGUGAAUUUCAUACCUCAGCUAGUAACUUUUCAUAACACUUUCUGAACAGGUGCUUUAUAAUCCUAAUGGGGGGAAUAAGUUUGUCUGAAAGACCCUAUAUCCAGAUAUUUAUAUUCAUAAACUCCUACAAAACACACUGCAGUUCUACUGUACCACUUGUAAAAGGACAGCAAGAGUUUCGUUUUUCAAAUGUAUGUAAAGCAUUCUUCUCAGAUGAGCUGCCCUUUAAAACAAUGCUAACAAUGCUCUGUGUAUUAGGUUGAAAUACCUAGAUCACCUAAAAUGCAAGUUAAUCGUGUUGAUUCAUCCCUAGCUGUGGGAGAUAAACUAAUCUGAAGCUUAAGACCAGGCUAUGCUAUGGCCAGGUCUACACUACACACUUACAUCAAUAUAACUGUGGGUCAGGGAUGUGAAACAUCCACAGCCCAAUGAUAUAGUUGUACUGACCUAACCCCCAGUGUAGACAGCACUGUGUCAAUAGAAGAGCUUCUUCCAUCAACAUAAUCCACCUCCACGAGAGGUGGUAGCUAACUACACGGAUGGGAGAUGCUCCCCUGUCAGCAUAGCAUCUUCACUAAAUUGCUACAGAACAGCAGUUGGGCCACUGCUGCUUUUUAAAUGUAGAUCUGCCUGUGGCUCUUUACAUCCAGUUGGCGUUAUGGUUCUUACCUCUGGACUACUGUAUUCUAACCCUGCUGGUAAGAUAUUCUUGGCAGAUUCUAACACAGAUGGAACCACUUAAUUGUAUGGUAAGUAGAGUGACAAGGUGGGUGAGGUAAUCUCUUUUACUGGACCAACUUCCAAUUAAUUUCAGUUCCUGGUUUAGAAGAUGCCUCACAUGUAUCUUCUGCACCAAGAUUUUGAUAUCCUGUUUGCAGGAGACCUGAGAAACAGGUGUUUAAUUUUUUCCUAGGGCAUUCAGAAAGCAGAAUUCCUACAGUGGUUAGGUCUCUGGCUACUAACACAAUUGUGGCUAGACCCUUUUCCUUGUCUACAGACCAAAACUGUUAGUCUAAUUCCUCAGAAGGGAGGAAAAAGUUCAAAAGGGGCUUGGAAGAAAAUUUAGGCAACUCUUCGGAGACCAAGAUCUUCAUCUUACCUCACGUGCAAAGAAAAAUCCAGACGUGAACCAUCUUGUGAGCAUUCUGUCUGUUGCUUUUAUAAAUGCAUAUGCAGGGUCCCAAAUGGGUGGGUGCUGUAGAGCAGGGGUCCCCAACACGGUGCCCGCAGGCACCAUGGCACCCGCUGGGGCAUCUAAGGGCGCCCGCAUACUGGCUGGCAGAUAAGCAUCUGCCAAAUGCCGCUGAAAUUCAGUGGCGACACCUCUGGAUGACGCCACUUGGCGGCAUUUCAGCGGAUGCUCGUCCACCACCACGGUCCUCAGUGGCUCAUUGUCUGGCACCUGCCAGAUGGAAAAGGUUGGGGACUACUGCUGUAGAGCCACAUUGAGGAGGAACCCAACACCCAUAACUCCUAGGGAUUUCAUUGGGAGUUUCAGCUACUCUGCCCUUCUUGUGAUCAGGCCAAUACAAGGUUUUCCCUUCCCUCAGGGACUGCGCAUGUUGCUGGCUAGUGGAAACAGGCUCUGCCAGCCAUGGAAUAGAGGGCUGAGAGCUGGCUUCAGUGUUAGUCUGAAUGGUGAAUUGUGCUAACCCCUGGGGCCAUUGCAGGCAGGCAGAAUAGGCUGCAGGCUGAUGCAAUUUCUGUAUCAUUCUAACCCUACUAAUCGCCCUCCUGUGCCUGCAUAACCAUCCUCUGCUCCCAACCGAAUUUCUCCCAUCAUCUGAUGAACAACAUUGUGUUCUACCCAUGGGUUGUGCACCCAGCCCUGAGCUGGAGCUAAGGGAAGCUUUAUUUAUUGUGUGCCAGUGAAGAGUGAGAACAUAGCACACUAGAGAAAAGAAAAAAAAGUAAAUCCACGGGCGGGGGGGGGAAGGGGAUGAAUGCAAGAAAUUUAUAGCUGCUUCAAUGGUAUUUUGAAGAAAUUAAUUUUAAUCUACCUUAAGUCCAAGUGUAAUCACCUCCGAUAUGUGCUUUGAUACAAGUCUUGAUUUUCUGUCUUACUAUUAAUGCCCUGCCUUAUGGCAGCACUGUAGUCCGCAGCAUGCUGCAAGCAUGCACAGCGCUGUCAACUCAGAUGCAAGACAAAUUCCCCGUACCAAGGCUCGUCAAUUGACUCAAACUAAUACGGUUCUUGGAUAGCACAACAAGGGGUGUAGUAUAAGAGCCUGGAGAGAGAGAUUGUGGAUAGACAAUCCAGAGGAUAACACUUCAAGGAUAAGACAGCAGAUCUGAUAAGAUCACACAAGAAGGCUUUAGAAAGAAGAUGAAAGGAAGAAAAAAUGCUUGAUGGCCAGGAGGCUCUUCCAAGCACCAUGAAAAGCAUUCUAGGGAGCAUCAAUGAAACAGCAAGCCAAGUUAUUAUCUACAUUAAGGUUUCUCAGACUAAAUGCUUGCCUGCUCUAACUCUACCAAUGUAGUUAAAAGCCCCAUAGCAUGGGUGCAAUUAUAUUGGUAUGGAAAAGUGCUUUAAUGGUAUAGCUUAUUAUGGCUUGGGAAGCAAAAUAAGUGAUAUGGUUGUAAGGUAACUUUUACAGAGGUAUACAUUUAUCUAGACCAGUGCUUAAAUUGUUAUUACUAUAUCCAUUAAAAAAAAAUAAUUCCACACUCCACCUGACAGUUAUAGCGGCAUAGCUUUUCUAGCCUAAAGCAGGCCUUAGACCACCCUUCAUGGCCUAAAAUACAUAGAAGAAUUUGACUUUUUCCCUCCUUUUCAUUACCAAGACAUGUUUAAUAGAGAACAGUAGGAAAUGUAAAA